GACAUAAUAUUAGCAAGAAUUAAUCUCUUUGACCUUUAAUACGACAUCGUUUUCUGGAUUAAGCUGGACUCUCACUUCCCCUGAUAAACAACCACAGCCAUCUUUUUACGUCCUUCACUCGCCAAAUUCCCAAUUGUCUACUAACCCUAAAAUUUCCACAGCAAAAAAAGCAUAGGGAAAGCGAAAAUCAUAAAAAAUGGUGAUCAAGCAGCUGCUUUCUCUAACUCGUCGGUCCCAUAAGUCUUCGUGUACUUUAAUCACCGCCCGAUCAUCUUCCUCCGCCGCUUCUCCUCUCGCCACCACCGCCACUGCCGAAUCUAAAGAGAUCACCCCUCCUCCACCUACUGCCAUGAUCUACGACCGCUUAGCCCUCUCCGUCAAAUCAAAACUCCAAAAACUCGAAAACCCAGAUUCCCGUUUCCUCAAAUACGGUUCCCCUCACCCAACCGUAACUUCCCACACUCACAUACUAUCUUCCCCCGAAACCAAAAUUACAACUUUGCCCAACGGCCUUCGUGUCGCCACAGAAUCUACUUUGUCUUCUCACACGGCCACUGUUGGCGUCUGGAUCGAUGCAGGGUCGAGAUUUGAGACGGAUGAGACGAAUGGGACGGCGCAUUUCUUGGAGCAUAUGAUAUUUAAAGGGACGGAGAAGAGGUCUGCGAGGGAAUUGGAGGAAGAGAUUGAGAAUAUGGGAGGGCAUUUGAAUGCUUAUACUUCGAGGGAACAGACCACUUAUUAUGCGAAAGUUAUGGACAAAGAUGUCUUUAAAGCGUUGGAUAUAUUGGCUGAUAUUUUGCAGAAUUCAAAGUUUGAGGAACACAGGAUUAGUAGGGAAAGAGAUGUGAUUCUACGAGAAAUGGAGGAGGUUGAGAGUCAAACAGAGGAAGUUAUUUUUGACCAUUUGCAUUCGACUGCUUUCCAAUACACUCCUCUUGGUAGAACUAUUCUGGGACCUGCUGAUAAUAUUAAGACAAUCACCAAAGAGCAUCUGCAGAACUAUAUUCAGACACACUACACUGCUCCUAGAAUGGUCAUUGCUGCUUCUGGAGCUGUUAAGCAUGAGGAAAUUGUUGAGCAAGUAAAGAAGUUAUUUACUAAGUUAUCAUCCGAUCCAACCACUGCUUCUCAGUUAGUUGUGAAAGAACCAGCCGCUUUUACUGGUUCUGAGGUUAGAAUGAUUAAUGAUGAUGUUCCUCUAGCACAAUUUGCGGUUGCUUUUGAGGGAGCAUCUUGGACAGAUCCAGAUUCCAUUGCGCUAAUGGUUAUGCAGGCAAUGUUGGGUUCGUGGAGCAAAAAUGCUGGGGGUGGAAAGCACAUGGGCUCUGAGCUGGCACAAAGAGUUGGCAUUAAUGAAAUUGCAGAAAGCAUGAUGGCUUUCAACACCAACUAUAAAGAUACUGGUCUUUUUGGUGUCUAUGCUGUUGCCGAGCCUGAUUGUUUGGAUGAUUUGGCUUAUGCUAUUAUGUAUGAGAUGGCCAAGCUAGCUUAUCGUGUUUCAGAAGCUGACGUCAUUCGUGCUCGUAAUCAGUUAAAGUCAUCCUUGAUGCUUCACAUAGAUGGAACUAGUCCUGUAGCUGAAGAUAUUGGGCGCCAGCUACUUACAUACGGUCGGAGAAUCCCAUUUUCUGAAUUAUUUGCUAGGAUUGAUGCUGUUGACCCAAGCACUAUUAAACGCGUUGCAAACCGAUUUAUCUAUGACAGGGAUGUUGCAAUUGCUGCAAUGGGCCCCGUCCAGGGUUUGCCCGACUACAACUGGUUCCGACGCAGGACCUACUGGAACCGUUACUAGAUUAUUUUGCUGGGCAACCACAAACUUUCUGGCACUUUUACACAACCAAAGUUUCUGAAAACACCUGAGGGUGGCAUUUCUAUUCAUUUUGUAGGGUUCUUGGUUCUGUAGCUUUGUUGUUAUUCUGUAAUAAGCAAUGCUAUCUUCAGUGUUUCUGCUGAGAAUCAUGAGAUAAUUCUUUUGCCAAACAAGGUAAAUGAUGCCCCUAAUGUUUUGAUAAUGGUGAGUUGCAUUUGUAUUUUUGUAGCUAAGCUAUCUAAAAGGCAUUUAUUUUGAGCUUGAAAUAUUGGGUGUUGCUGCUGGCAGUUCAACUGCCUGUUCACUACCUUUUUACAUCCAUCACUUUCAUUGAGAUUGAUUGUUCAACAACCACUAAUUUAAUUAUGUUACUAUUUCUCAGAUGAUGCAAUUUGAUUCCUAAAUGUUGUCAACAACA